AUGCUUGCUCUUCCAAGAUUCUCUGGAUCCACACUUGAACCUAGUUCAGAACCAGUUAUUCUCUAUGAAUCACAAUACUAUGAAAAAGGGGCGGGAAGAGCAGUUCACAUUCAAUUGGUUCCUACACGGCCCACUGCUCCAUUGAAGCGUGAAUCGAAGCCUCCACACAUUGUCAUCCCUGCGCCUAAUUUCGAUGAUAUGAGAAUUGAAGAUGAUGAGUUUUCUGCCUGGUCUUACGAAGAAGAUGAAUCAGCGCAAGCUACCUUUUGGGAUCCAAUUCCAACCUCUUCAUCCUCAUCCUCAUCAAAUUAA